GUAAUUUCCUGGUUUUCCUCCAACAUGGCGUCUUUGUUUUUUUAGUCGAAUAAAAACACAUUUCGUGCUCAAUAUAUUAUUAAUUUACCACAUACCAGUUGUGUUAUAGGUUAGCUUCAUAUAUGACGGAACAUUGCGCGGGGUUUUAGAGCCCGGAUCGAGUGUGAGGGUAAGUCAUUCACCGCUGACCUUAGGGAGCGUCACUAAAAUACACACAUCGAGCUCAACGUCGAGUUAACAGAACCGGACGGAUGUAGUGCAACCAUUAAGGCACUGGAUUAAAAUGUAGUGAGUGCAUUAAGGGUCAAUUUAUUAGAAACAUUUUAAUUAUUAGAAGAUGUUAUUUUCACGCGGGGCUGCUGCGACAGUGCCUGAAACUCAGGUCGUCAUUGCAGGCAGUAUUUCAUGCCACAGUGAAAUUACAGCCAGUCUUCAUGGAGAGAAGCACACUAGAUGGUGCUCACGCCCAGUGGGUGUUGUCCGAGCUCAACCAGCAGAGGGGGCUUGGAAAGUUCUGCGAUGUGAGGCUCAACACUCUGAGCGGUCAGGUGUUCCUGGCCCACCGCAACAUCCUAGCAUGCUUCAGCCAAAUUUUCAAGGACGCAGCUUCCUCCACACCGUGUACGGAGAUCAACCUUCCGCAAGACUGUCCCGUUGAUGGACUUGAGCUGCUGCUGCAUUUCUUCUACACUGGUGAGCUCCAUCUAAACAGCCAUAACGAGGCGAAGGUCCGACAAGCUGCGAAUGGCUUGUUUGUUCCUGAUUCGCUCAUUCCUGCUCAAAGUUUGGACAGGAUUAACGGUUCGCUCUGUAACGAAUUCGUCGAAGGAAAGCCGCUUUACCCCUCACAGACUGAGGACACCAAACCGGACAUGACUGCUAUGCCACUAUCAGUUUCCCAGCAGGAGGUGAAAAGCAACGGUGAAGAAAUCUCAGUGAGGUCAGAAGCAGUAGUUGUGGAGCUUGACGAGUUUCCCAGCACCAGCACAGUCACCGUCACUCGAUCCGGCAGGAGGGUGAGGGGCCCCAGCAGGCUGGCCAGAGAUGACUCUGUUCCUGUAGUCACUGUAAAAGUGAGUGCAACAAGAAGACGAACUGCAGCUCCUGAGGCUAAAGAUGAGGGCAUCAUCUCAAAUGAUGGAGAACAGAGCAAUACACAAAUGCCAAGUGAAGCUGAGAACGGACCCAGAGCUAAUCAGAACAACGAAGAGGAAGAGGACGGCGUGGAAGACACGGAUGAAGAGUACACGCCUCGGGAUUUGCCCGUCACGUCUCCUACAGCUCCAAGAGGGAAGCGUAAACGGAAAGGAAGCGCCAGCGGCAAAGAAAAUGGAGGCGGCACUCCGAAAGAAAUCAAGAAGGGAACUGUUCAGUGUCCGACGUGUCACAAAACAUUCCUCAGCAAAUACUACAUGAAGGUACACAACAGGAGGCAUACGGGGGAGAAGCCGUUCAAGUGUGACAAAUGCGGGAAAUGCUAUUACAGGAAAGAGAAUUUGCAGGAGCACGAGGCAAGGAACUGCCUCAGCAGGACGGAUAUGAUGUUUUUCUGUUCCAGGUGUCCUCUGAGCUUCAAGAAGAGACAGGAACUGCGAAUGCACACAGUCUCACACACGGGCGAGAUGCCAAAUAAGUGCACGUCAUGCUCGGAGCAGUUCAUGCAGAAGAAAGAGCUCAGAAACCACAUGAUCAAGGUCCAUGGAGCUCCGAAACCGUACGCGUGCCCACUGUGCCCCAAAUGCUUCCUGUCCCGUACUGAGCUCCGCCUCCACGAAGCCGCCAAGCACCGGGGGGAGAAGCUGUUUGUGUGUGAGGAGUGCGGUCACCGAGCGUCCAGCCGCAACGGCCUACAGAUGCACAUCAAAGCCAUUCACAGGAAGGAGCGUCCAUUUGUGUGUGAGAUCUGCAAUCAUGCCUUCACCCAGAAGGUCAAUCUGAACAUGCACUUCCGUACACACACAGGAGAGAAACCGUAUCAGUGCCACCUCUGUGGAAAGACCUUCCGCACUCAGGCGAGCCUGGACAAGCAUAACCGCACACACACGGGUGAGCGGCCAUACAGCUGUGAGUUCUGCGAGCAGCGGUUCACUGAGAAGGGGCCGCUGCAGCGCCACAUAGCCAGCAGACACCGGGAAGGCCAGCCACACUCCUGCCCCAUCUGCAACAAGACCUUCAAAGCUAUCGAGCAGCUUCGUGUACACGUGCGGAGACACAAGGGCAUGAGGAAGUUCGAGUGCACCGAGUGUGGCUACAAGUUCACCAGACAGGCUCACUUGCGCCGCCACUUGCAGAUUCACAACCGUGUGGAGAACUACACCCCACGCCAGAGGAAACUGCGCAACCUCAUAGUGGAGGAUGAGAACACUGAGACUACGUCUCCUCCUCCUACAGCAAGACAAGACACGGCAGACGACGAAGCCCAGACAGCCGUGCCGGAAAACGCGGAGCAGCCAGACUCCGGCGUCGUGAAGGAAACCGAGCAGGAAAGUUUCGGCAUGGACACGGUGAUGGAGGUGCUGGUAACGGACACGUUUCCCAUUCAGUCAGAUCUGGUGGUGGAGCUGCAGGGUGACGGGGCUGAUGGGAAGGCUUGAGGGAGGAGAUGAUGAAACAAGGCGCAAAGACCAGGUUGGUUUAUUUCUGAGGAUGUGCCCAAGCAAAACAAGCGCAGGAUACGUGUGGCAGCCAUCUUGAAUACACAUACGCAUUAAAGUAUUAAUCCAGCUAUCCUCCUAGACCCCUUUUUUUUUUUUUACACAAUUGAGUCUCUCUGAGAUGAACAAGAUCAUAAUAAUUUACAGAACUGUACUAGAAGAGAUUUAGAGCAAUCAUAUCCGGAAAGUCGUGAAGGUGAAGGUUUUCAUUCCAGCCAGCAAGAAGCCAUGCCCGUGUCUAUUAAAAAACAAGAUUAACUGUUAAACAGGUGGAACUUUUAUCCUAUUUUGCAAAUAGCUCAUAGGUUUUCACAAAAUCAUUACAAUAUUCAACUUAGAUAUUAUCUGUGUGGCGGCUCCGGAAAACCCUCUCAUCGUGUCAAAUUUGCUUGUUGACAUCUUUAAUCUGACACAUUACACAACAUGAUAUUUGCAGGAAGAUAGUCUAGAGAUUCUAAAAAUAGAUAAUAAAAACAUGGGCAGUUUUAAGGGAUUAUAUUUACACUUUAUAAAUGCUGAGCUAUCGCUUAAAAAAAACCCCGCAUGACUUUAUUCAGCUAAAGCAACAAACGCAAAGGGAAAAACGGCAAUUCACUGAAGGGGAAAGGACACAGGAUGUGAAUUACUUCAUGCUGCCUGACACUUAAUGUUAAUAGACAAGAAGGCAGGGCUGCUGUGUCUCCAGUCAGUUGUUUAUUAUUAAGUAUUGAUCACACAGGUUUUUUUUUUUUUUUUUUUACUUUUGCCCAU